AUGGCAGCUCCAAGACCGGACAUCUUUAAGAAAUAUCUGGACCUCGAGCAACCUGAAGACCAGGUGUUCUGCACGUACGUCUUCGUCGACGCCACGUUGGAGAAUGUGAGAUCAAAGAUGAUGGUGCUGAGCUACGAACCGAAAUCGCCUGAAGGUCCCAUCAUGGAGGGAGCAGCUGAUCACCAGAUCCGGACUAGUGUCCAUGCUGACAUUGUUGCCAAUUCGCGUAGGCAUCUGAAAGUUGUUGUGGACGGAAAGUUGGAGGUUCUGCAUGAGCAGCCAGAGCCUGCGACCUCUGGCCUGGAGCUCCCCUUCGUUGUGGUCCGGAGUUUUCUGGGCGGGGGCAGGCGGCGAUCUCCUCGCACGGUCGGCCCAGAGUGCCCAAGGUCUACGUUUUGUGGUGUGGGUACUGACCAGUGGCCAGACGCGGGCGUCGACUCCGAGCUUUACCUCCUCCCAGUAGCUCUCUUUAAGGAUCCAUUUCUGAAGGGCCGGAACAAGUUGGUUCUUUGCGAAGUUCUCAACUCGGACGAACAACCUAAUGAGACGAACACACGCCAUCCUUGCAAGAAGACAAUGGAAGCUGCGAAAGAAGAAGAGCCGUGGUUCGGCAUCGAGCAGGAGUACGUGAUUCUGGAACAAAAUGGUGUACCGAUCGGCUGGCCCAAACAGAGCCACUCUUUGAAAUGCUGCCAAAGCUACUUCUACGCCGUGGGUUCGGAAAACACUGCCGGCCGCCAAGUCGCCGACGCACACAUCAAAGCUUGUUCUUACGCCGGCGUCAAGCUUUAUGGCUCCAACGUUGAAGCCAUCAUAUCACAGUGGGAGUACCAGAUCGGGCCCUUGCCUGGAGUCGAGGCGGGCGACCACCUAUGGAUAUCCCGCUACAUUCUACAGCGAGUGGCCGAGGAUUUCGACGUCGUGGUCAGCUUCGAGCCACGGCCCUUCAAGAGCCUCAAGAUGCCUGGUUGCGCGGGUCACAUCAACUUCAGCACCAAGUCGUCACGAAGCGAAGGAGGCCUCGACUGGAUAAACAAGGCUAUUGCCAAGCUAGAACUGAAACACGAGCUCCACCUAAAAGCCUACGACCCCAGGAAGAACGCGAACGAAGAACGACUGAGGGGCAAUCUGCUGGCGACGCCCUGUCGCGAGUUUUCGGCGGCCGUCUCCGCCAAGACGGUGUGCGUUCGCGUUCCGCGGCUUACAAAAGUUGCUGGGCGAGGAUUUUUCGAAGACCGUAGGCCGGGCGCCAACGUGGAGCCUUACCGGGCCAUGCAACGACUCGUAGAAACCCUCUGUUUGGCCGAAUAACGCUGAGUCUACAUCCUUUGGGGAAUACCACUAGGGAUGACUAUUCGUUUGUUGGGACUGCUGGGCUAAAAUUUUACAAUCUGCUUUUCAUAUCGGAGGUGGCUCGCACGUAGGGUUACUGAUACACAAGGCUGUGUAGAUCAAACAGGCGCUUGUCAGCCCGGGAGGUACGUUCGUCUUGCGAUCAAUUGUGUUCAUGUCAGCGUGAUUGCAUUCAUUAUACGUUGAUAGUAAUAUUUGGAACAACAUACCCAUGUCAAAUGUGUCUGUUGUUCAAAGACACGUGUUCAAAAACGCGUUUCUCCUCUCACCUAUGUGGAUUUGUACAGUUUGAACUAGUUGCGUCUAAACAUAAGGAUGGAUUUCUUACCAAAAUUGUGGCGAUGGCAAAAGACCAGGGAGAACAAAACCAGCAUGGACCGGUGCGCACUGUCAACUUUCUGAAAAAGCGGAAUUUACAUUGCCAUUUUCUCAUCUGUUCCCUAGUCCAUUCUCUAGCCUACAGAUAACUUAACGUGACACUGCGCUACUCGGAGCUCAAAGUUGUUUUGCCACGAACGAAAACGUGCCUCCACGAAAUGACGGCGUUCAUGAACUGUCGACAAUUUAUUCUCGGGUAUUGAGCAAGGUGGAAUCACUGCGCUACGCAGGAAAUUCGUAAUAAGGCCUGUUGAGAUGUGGUGAUGGCGGUGUAUACCUUUCACUUUCCCCUUUUCAUGAUCAUGGAAUGUACCCGCUUUCCUUGGCUGUUGGUCCCAGAUUUACAGAAAGAAGUGCGGACAAAUAAACGGUGUAGUAUUCAGAUGAAUAAAUGAAUUAUACGCAUCGUUAAUCCAGUGAAAAGCAGACCUUUC